AUGACUCGGCCCAAGGUUGACCCAGAGAAGAGACAGCGAACCGCCAACGCGUGUGACAGUUGUAAACGGAGAAAGCAAAAGUGUGACGGCGAGCAGCCCUGCAGUACUUGCGACAGGAAACACUUCACUUGUACAUACAAUACCACCGACCCCGCUCAUGAUGCUACCUCCCCUACCCAGCCUUUGGCCAAACGGCGCAUCAGAGAAAGCGACGUCUCCAGUAGACCUGGCUCCCUGCAGAACGGAGGAAGCCCAUCAGCUGCCAAAUACCUCCCAGACGUACCUCUAGGUGUACAAUCAUACCAGCCCCGUGUUAGCACACCGUCCAUUGGGGAUGCUGCCAGAUCCAUAGGCUAUUUCCCACACCGAGCCGAAAUGAAACCAGAGAUCAAAAUGCACUCUGAUCAUGCGUCUAAUAGUGCUGGGGAGGAGGAGGCGGACAAUCAUACAAUGACCCGAAUGUUGGAAGAUGGCACGGGAAGACUGAUAUACAUUGGCGAUGCCUCUACCAUUUCUUUCUUGCAGCUACUUCGCAUGAUCGUUGAGACUACAGUGGGCCCAUCGCCAUUUACCUUGGACCCAGAACGACACAAAAUCAAGGAGACCGCAUUCUCAUUGCCGCCGGACACUGGGCUCACCCAUUUGCUGCCUGAGAAGCAGACCGCCUUGAUUUUAGUGGACUCGUUUUUCGUCAAUACGCACGCUUUGGUUGAGGUGUUUGACGAGAGAGCAUUCCUCGAAAAGAUGGACAGGUGCUAUUCAGACCCUCUCUCAGUCGACCAUAUAUUUCUUUGUCACCUCAACCUCGUAUUCGCAAUUGGACUCUCAUUUGCUACGCCUGAAUCUGGAACCCGGGAAGCCGAGAUCAUCGACUCUUUAAAAGCAAAUUACCCUGAUCAAUCAGAGAUCUUUUUCUUGAAUGCCAAAAGCAUCAACAAUCCCGUCAUUGGCUUCGAAGAUGCCGAUCUCUGGUCGAUACAAGCUUUGAUUCUUAUGGCUUUGUAUCUGCUGUUAAGAUCGAGGAGAAACCCGGCAUUUGCCUACAUUGGCAUGGCGGUGCGCACAGCGUAUACUCUCGGCUUACAUCGUGAAGAGACCUUGAUUGUCUUCCCUGCUGAACAACAAGUCGUUCGCCGAAAUCUUUGGCGAUCGUUGUUCGUUCUGGAUCGCUUUCUAAGUAUGUCACUUGGUCGCCCGAUGGCAAUAGCGGAUGAAGAAUGCUCCGGAGAGGUUCUCAAUCCAUCGUCAAGUUUGUACUCUGCGCCACUGCUCGAUUCCGACCAAUAUUGCACGGCUGGGCUAGAAGCUGCCGUUCGCAGCUGCCAUGUGAUGGGAUUGAUACUCAAAAAAGUCUAUCUGCAACGUAAAAUAUCAACCAAACUUGCCCAAGAGCUUGCAGACCAGUGCAGGCGCUGGCCAGAGAAUCUCUCACCAGCUCUACAUUGGCGUCAGGCAUCCCGCCAGGACCGCAGACAAGCCAUUGCCAUUCUCCACACCAAUCAAGCCUAUUGCCAUUCGAUCAUCUUGCUCACGCGACCCUUUUUUCUCUACCUUCUCAGUGCAGAAAUCCAACAGACCCGCCUUGGCGCUGGCCAAUGGCUUAAACGAUCUCGAGGCCGAAUGGAGAAAUUCUCAGAUGCCUGUUUGAUUGCCUCGACACACACUAUUGCCAUUGUUCAGAAUGCGUAUGAAGGCCAAUAUCUCCCUAAAAUCAACCCAUUCGUCACUUACUGUCUCUUUGCUGCUGCGCUCAUCAUCUUCUCCAACGAAUUCGCUCGCCCGGCUUCAUCGGACCCACUGACCAAGCAAUGUAUGACUAAUUCGAUCACAAUCAUGUCUUACUUCGGCGAGAUGGAUCCACAAGCGAAACGUACUGCUCACGUUCUCAUAGAAUUCCGCAACGUCAUAACUGGGCACGGAAAGUCGUCAGCUGUUCAGCUUCAGUCCCCUGCCUAUCAGACCCCUCUCCCGACCUUGACGCCAGGACUGGACGCUCAAAAUAUUCCGCCUCAAUUCGAGUCUGGCUUCGGUCCCAUGCUCCCGCUACCAGGGGCUACCAUGGCACCCUCUGGGACUCCUAUUCCCGCUUCCAGUACAAUACCGAAUCCAUCGGACCCCGCUACCUUGGACCCACCCUCCAUCCAACGAGAAGAUUCCUUCUCGGGGCUUCUGGAUCUGACAAACACGGUGCUUCCAAGCCACUCUGAAUUUGGUUCUUCGGGCACAGACGAAUUGAUCGAUUUCGAUUCGCUAUGGGCAAGGCCCAGCUCGACGCCCAUACCUUCGCCCGGUCUCGGAACUGCGGGUGGUGCGCAGGCUAGGAACGGUAAUGGCAAUGCGGUUCAGGGGUUCUUUGGUGCUCUUCCGGGGACGCCCUUCUUCGAACAAAACUAG